UUUCCUCUCCCCCAAAACUCUUUCCAUGUUUGGCUCUUCCUCUUUCAAACAAGCUGGUUCUCUUAUCACCUUCUCUCCUCCUCCUCCUCCUCCUCCUCCUCAGAACAAGAACAACAACCACAAGAACAACAAGAAACAUAAAAUCUCAUACAAAAUAGUAGCAAUCUCAGCUACUUCAGCCAUUCUCCUCUUGUUUACUCUUCUAACCAUUACUAUAUUCUCACUAAGAAGAAGAAGAAGAACAAGAAGAAGGAGAAAGGGAGAUGAGAUUGAUGAAGAGAAAGCAGUAGAGCAAUGUGCUACUUGGGUUGCAGAAGCUAAAUGGUCUUCUCCGGUGAUAAUCUUUGAAAAGCCUCUAAUGGAGCUCACCUUCGCUGACCUUGCAACAGCAACGUCAUGCUUUUCAAAGGACUCACAACUCGCCGACGGCCAUCGUUGUGGUCCUUUAUAUAGAGCAGUGCUCACCGGAGACAUGCACGUAGUUAUAAGGGUUUUGAAGAACGGUGCUAAUUGUGACGCCGAGGAGCUUUCCCAGCUCCGGCACCCAAACCUUUUACCACUUCUUGGCUACUGCCUCGCCGGAAAAGAGAAGCUGUUCUUGUAUGAGUAUAUGGAGAAAGGAGAUAUGCGGCGGUGGUUGAAUGAGUUGCCGGCGGCGAGGUCCGGUGAGGAAGAGGAGACGUUGGAGUUGUGUGAUUGGCCGGCGAGGCAUAAGGUGGCUCUGGGAGUGGCGAGAGGGUUGGCGUUUCUUCAUCAAGGGAGUCGCCGGCCGGUGGUGCACGGGCAUCUAGUUCCGGCGAACGUUUUGUUGGAUGAUGAGAUGGAAGCUCGGAUUGCGGACUUUGGGGUGGUUGGUGGCGGAGAAGGGUCGGUGGUGGAGGAUGUGUAUGGGUUUGGGUUGCUGGUUUUGGAACUGGUGACGGGGAAGGGGGGAGGGUGGACGGAGAAGGAGGUGGAGAGGGUGAGGACGGCGGUGAGAGGAGGGAGGGCGGCGGAGGUGGUGGAUGUGGAGCUGAGAAGGAGGGAAGAGUGCUCGCCGGAGAUGGUGGAGUUUGUUAGAGUUGGGUAUCUUUGUACGGCCCAGUGUCAAAUGAAAAGGCCCACAAUGCAACAAGUUGUGGGCCUUUUGAAGGAUAUCCGGCCCACUUGUUAAAUGAGAUGGUUAACGUUAAUUAACCCGGUUAGUUA